AUGCUCGACGUGACCGACUUCAUCAAGGAGAGGGGCGGCGACCCGGAGAAGAUCAGGGAGUCGCAGCGCCGCCGCUUCGCCAAAGUCGAGGUCGUCGACGAGGUCAUUGAGAAGUGGGAGGACCACCGCAAGACAAACUAUGCCGCCAUGCAGGUCAACACCAAGAUCAACGAUACCCAGAAGCAGAUUGGCGCCAAGAAAAAGGCAAAGGAAGAUGCCUCCGAACUCCUCGCCCAGAAGGCCGAGUUCGAGAAGGAGAAGAAGGCCCUGCUUGACCUGGCCGCCGAGAAGGACGUUGCGCUCAAGAAGCUGGUCAAGACGAUAGGCAACUACGUCCACGACAGCGUCCCCGUCAGCAACAACGAAGACAACAACGCCGUGCUGAGGACUUGGGCACCCGAGGGCGUCACCCCGGAGAAGAAGGAUGUGCUCAGCCACCACGAGGUCCUGACACGCCUGGACGGCUACGACCCGGAGCGCGGCGUCAAGGUGGUCGGCCACCGCGGUUACUUCUUGAAGCAGUGGGGUGUCUUCCUCAACCAGGCCAUGAUCAACUACGGCCUGCAGUUCCUGGCCGAGAAGGGCUACACCCCCCUGCAGUGCCCCCAGUUCAUGAACAAGGACUACAUGGGCAAGACCGCACAGCUCGACGCCUUCGACGACGAGCUGUACAAGGUGGUCGACGGCGAGCCCCAGAACGACAAGUACCUGAUUGCCACCUCGGAACAGCCCAUCUCGGCCUUCCACGCCGACGAGUGGCUGCAGGCCCGAGACCUCCCCAUCCAAUACGCUGGCUACUCCAGCUGUUACCGACGAGAGGCCGGCGCCCACGGGCGCGACGCUUGGGGUAUCUUCCGUGUCCACCAGUUCGAGAAGGUUGAGCAGUUCUGCCUGACGGACCCGGAGAAGUCGUGGGAGAUGUUCGACAUCAUGUUUGCCAACUCGGAGGAGUUCUACAAGUCUCUGGGCCUGCCCUACCGCGUCGUCGCCAUCGUGUCCGGCGCCCUGAACAACGCCGCCUCCAAGAAGUACGACCUGGAGGCCUGGUUCCCCUUCCAGGGCGAAUACAAGGAGCUGGUCUCGUGCUCAAACUGCACCGACUACCAGUCCCGCGGGCUCGAGAUCAGGUUCGGCACCAAGACCCAGACCGACGCCAAGAAGAAGUACGUCCACGCCCUGAACUCGACUCUGUGCGCCACCGAGCGAGCGCUGUGCUGUGUCCUUGAGAACUACCAGACCGAAGAUGGAUUCAACGUGCCCGAGGUUCUGCGGAAAUUCCUCCCCGGCGCCCCCGAGUUCAUCCCCUUCAGCAAGGAGCUGCCCAAGGACACCACCUCGGCCAAGGCCAAGGCGAAGGCGGACAAGGGUGGUGCUAAGGCUAAGGUCGCCGCGGCCGUCGAGCAGGCCGGCGAGAAGCUGAAGAACGUCACUGUGUAA